UACUCCCCCCCACUGCGCCCUCCCCUCCCCAGGCACCGGCCACCCACAAUUGGGCCGCGGCCCGGUUGGUGGAGCCGCCCCCCACCCGCCGGGCCUGAGAGGAGCGGAGCCUCCCCUACCAUGGGCGACCCGGCGCAGCCCCCGAGGCCCGGGGUCGGCGUGGGGGUGGUGAUCACCAGCGCCGCGCACCCCGACUGCGUCCUCCUGGGCAAGAGAAAAGGCCCAGUGGGGGCCGGCACCUAUCAGCUCCCCGGAGGCCACCUGGAGUUCGGGGAGAGCCUGGCCGACUGCGCCGCCCGGGAAACGCUGGAGGAGGCGGCGCUGCGGCUGCGCAACAUUCGCUUCGCCUCCACCGUCAACUCGUUUUGCAGCGCCGCGCGGUACCACUACAUCACAGUCCUCAUGAAGGGGGAGGCGGAGCCGGGCACGGAGCCGCGCAACCGCGAGCCCGAGAAGAACGAGGGUUGGGAAUGGGUUAAGUGGGAUGAAUUUCCUCCAGCAGAUCAGCUGUUCUGGGCCUUACGCUGUUUAAGAGAGCAAGGUUACAAUCCCUUUACAGAAGAGCUUGAUCAUCUGAAGGGGUACACAGGAAGUCACCAACUGGGAUAAAAAAAUAAUGGCACAUGAUGUAACAAGCCAAAUGAAAGACAUGCUUUUUGGUGUGAAAAGAGAAAAGCAAACCUCAUGUUCUCUCUGCCCAUGUCAAUAUACCACCCUUUCCAAAGCCAAAAAGAUGCCAGAUGUUUCAGUGCUUUGACCAUAUUUCAUUCUGCAGCU